AUGAUCAUUUUUGAAGAUGAUGAUAGCACUCCAUUGCACUGUGCUAGUGAAACUGGUAACAGUGAAAUUAUUAAAUUAUUAAUAACUAAAGGAAAAGCUGAUGUGAAUGCUGUCGAUGAGGAUAACAAAACUCCAUUGUUUAAUGCUGUUAAGAAAGGUAGUAUUGAAGUUGUGGAAAUUCUAUUAACUAAUGGAGCUAAAACUGAUGUUGUGGAUAAAGAUGGUGAAACUCUACUACAUUGUGCCGCUGAAUCUGGUAAAGUUGAAAUGUUAGAGUUUUGGAUUAAGAGGGGGGAUCAUGAUGUGAAUGCUAAAGAUAAAAGAAACAGAACUCCAUUGUUCAAUGCUCUUGUGAAGUAUAGGUGUAGUAUUGAAGUUGUUGAUAUUCUAUUAACUAAUGGAGCAAGAACUGAUGUUGCCGAUACAUCAGCAUUCGAUGGUAGCACUCCAUUACAUUGUGCCAUUCAGACUGGUAACAGUAAAAUUAUCAAGUUAUUAGUGACUAAAGGAAAGGCUGAUGUAAAUGUUGUGGAUGAGUGGAAGAGAACUCCAUUGUUUAAAGCUGUUAAGAAAGGUAACAUUGAAGCUGUUGAUAUUCUAUUAACUAAUGGAGCUAAAACUGAUGUUGUGGAUAAAGAUGGUGAAACUCUACUGCAGUGUGCUGGUAGAUCUGGUAAUGCUGAAAUGCUUGAGUUUUGGAUUAGUAAACGGAGUAAAACUAAUGUUGCUGAUAACUUAGGAGCUUUAUUAAAGGAAUUUGAAGGAAAAGUUACUAGAGAGCAAGCUGCUGCAAUUUAUAAAUCUUCUGGGUUUAGCUCUGACGCUUCAAUGAAGUGUUUAAAGGAGGGUCCAACAUUGGAAUCAAUUUUAUCAAUGUUAAAUCAGAAGAUGGAGUCUGCAAAAUCAGUCGUUGUUACAGUACAUACAGAUGACAUGUGGCGUGAUAUUGUACGCCAUUAUAAGUCUGGUAGUGUUGAUUUUGGAGAGCGACUAUUCAUCAAGUUGAGUAAUACACUUGCCAUAGAUGCAGGAGGUGUACGCCGUCAAGUAUAUUCAACAGUAUACAAUGAAUUCCAUUGUAAUAAGCAUAUAGAAUUAUUCACUGGACCUUUACACAGUCUUAGCCCUGCUUGUACUGCAGAAGCAAGGUCAAGUGGAUUAUUCAAAAUCUUAGGCAGUAUGGUUGGGCAUAGUAUAUGGCAGGAUGGCAUUGGGUUCCCAUUUUUUUCAUUGACAAAUUACACUUAUAUUGUGGAAGGUGAGGAGAAAGCACUUCAAGUAUGUUCAGAUAAUGAUAUUGGUGCUGGUGUUGCUGCAGUUAUAUCAAAGUUGCAAGAUAUUAAGACUGAAGAUGAUGGAAAAGAGGUUAUGAAAGAUGAACUAAUCCUUGAUAUUAUUAGUCGUUGUGGAGUUACAAUGAUUCCUAAUCCUUCUACAAAAAAUAUAAUAGUUCAGGAUAUCAUCACAUAUGAAGCAUUGUUCAAGCAUUCAAAAUUACUCGAUCAAUUUGUUGAAGGAUUGAAGGCUACUUCUCUCUAUCCUCUACUGAGAGCAUUUCCAGCCCUAUUUCAACCUCUGUUUACUUUUACAGAGCUUACUUCUGAAGAAGUUCAAAAAUCCCUAAUUUUUCCGAAUGAGGAUUCAUUCAUUGCACAAGAAAGUAUCAUUUUACGUUAUCUGAAGAAAUAUAUUGAUGAAUGUGAUUCAGAAGGUUUGAAGGAAUUUGCACUCAGUAUUACAGGCAGGAUCUCAGUCCUCCCAAAGUCAAUUGAAAUAAAAUUUGAAGCAGAUCGCAUGGGGACAAUAGCUACUCAUAGCUGUUCAGGAGAACUAAUUUUUCCAUGCCAGUUUGAAGGAGACUACGAAAUGUUUUGCUCAGCUCUGAAAUCAGUUUUAACUCGUGACUUUAACACGUAUUAAUUUUGUUACCUUGUAACAUCACUCUUUUUGACUUUAAUAAUUGUGUGUUUGCUAGUUAUUAGAUUUGCUGACAUAUUUAGAUCAAGAGUAGAUAAAACU